AAAUGAUACCAUCAAACACAAACAGCCUCAACUCAACACUCAUUUCUCUUUGAAGCUAAUUCUCUUCUCUUGCUAGCUCUGUCUACAAUCACACCAAAUCAAAAUGCCUUUUUCUUCUUCUUGUUCUAAGGUCUCAAUGGUGCUUGUGGUUUCUUUGUUUGUAACUUCUCUGAUGGCCAUGGCUGCCUCAGCUGGUAAUUUCUUUCAAGACUUUGAUGUAACAUUCGGCGAUGAGCGCGUUAAGAUACUAAACGGAGGACAACUUCUCACACUCAACCUUGACAAGGCUUCUGGGUCUGGUUUCAAAUCCAAGAAUGAGUACUUGUUUGGAAGAAUUGACAUGCAGAUCAAGUUGGUCUCUGGCAACUCAGCUGGCACUGUCACUGCAUACUAUUUAUCUUCUGAGGGUCCAACUCAUGAUGAGAUUGACUUCGAGUUUUUGGGCAAUUUAUCUGGAGAUCCCUACACUCUCCACACAAACGUGUUCAGCCAAGGAAAAGGAAACAGAGAACAACAAUUCCAUCUUUGGUUUGAUCCCACAAGGGCCUUCCACACCUACUCCAUUGUCUGGAACAGCCAGAGGAUUAUAUUCUUGGUGGACAACAUUCCAAUCAGAGUGUUCCACAACUUGGAAACAAUUGGAGUUCCAUUUCCCAAAAGCCAACCCAUGAGGAUUUACUCAAGCCUCUGGAAUGCUGAUGACUGGGCAACAAGAGGUGGCCUUGUGAAGACUGACUGGACACAAGCUCCUUUCACUGCCUCUUACAGAAACUUCCAGGCCUCCACCACAUCAACUAACUCCUUAACAGAGCAGAGUGCAUGGCAGAAUCAAGGGCUUGAUGCUGCAGGCCGAAACCGGCUUCGAUGGGUGCAACAAAAAUUCAUGAUCUAUAACUACUGCUCUGACCUCAAACGCUUCCCACAAGGCCUCCCAGCUGAAUGCAGACAGUCGAGGUUCUAGCGAGGCAUCCAAAUCAUGCCACAUGAUCACAUAUUCUCUGUUCCAAUGUGCAGCCUCAUCAUUCUUUUCUGUAAUUAGUUCAUUUUAUGAAAUAUUCAUUCAUUCAUUCCUUCUGCAAAUAUAGAUUUUGUAGUUUCAUAUUAUUUUUCUUCUUUUUUUUUAUUCCAUACCUGGUCCUUGUAUUCUUUUAUUGUAAUCCUGAAUUUAGAAUCAAACACUUGGUAGAGUUGAAAACAUGUUCAUUUGAGAA